AUGUUACACUUGUUUAGUUCAUGUCUUGCUAUGCGGCUGGCAUUUCCUCUUGCUCUGGCCUUAUGGCUCACCACCUCCCAUGUACACGCUGCCGCAAUCUUCGCUCAUUUCAUGGUCGGAAAUGUUCCAACAUGGACAGUAGACGAUUGGCGGCACGACAUCCAACUUGCGCAGGCGGCACAUAUCGAUGCCUUCGCUUUGAAUAUCGCUAAUGGAUGGUUUGCCAACGAAGACACACUUGCUGUGGCCUUCGAAGCCGCGGCUACUGAUGGCUUUAAGCUCUUCUUUUCUUUUGACUACGCAGGAAAUGGCUCAUGGGCGGAGGCUGAUGUUAUUUCCCUGAUCAAAAAGUAUAAGCUUCAUGGAGGGUAUUAUACCACAGAGAAGAACGGAGCACCCCUCGUGUCCACUUUCGAGGGGCCCGACAGUGCCGCGGAUUGGGCCAAUAUCAGGGAUGAGACUGGCUGCUUUUUUGUCCCGGACUGGUCCUCAGUAGGUGCUAUCCCGGCAUCAGAGGAGGCUGAUGGUGUUGUGGACGGACUAUUCAGCUGGGCUUCGUGGCCCUGGGGCAACCUCAACAUGAUGACGUUCGUGGAUGCAUCUUAUAUAGAGACAUUGAACAGCAGCUCAAAGCCCUAUAUGAUGCCUGUCUCUCCCUGGUUCUAUACUAACAUGCCGGGGUACGACGAAAAUUGGAUGUGGAGAGGAGAUGAUACUUGGUAUCAACGUUGGGUUCAAAUCUGGUAUCUACAGCCUGAAUUUGUCGAAAUCAUCAGCUGGAAUGAUUUCGGGGAGUCACAUUAUAUUGGGCCCUUGGAUAAUCGGUCGUAUAGCCCUUUCACCACAGGUAGGGCUCCUUUCAAUUACGUUGAGCAUAUGCCCCAGGACGGAUGGCGUGAGCUAUUGCCCUUUAUGAUUGAUACCUACAAGAAUGGUCGCGCGCUCGUGACUGAAGAGAAGAUCGUGAUGUGGCACCGCACGUCCUUGGUGGAUGACUGUGAUCGAGAUGAUACAACUGCGAACACAGCCUCGCAGUUACAGGCUGAGCUCUUGCCCAAUGAGGUAGCCCAGGACCGCCUCUUCUUUACUGCCCUGCUGGCUAGCAAUGCAGAUGUUGUCGUGGAGUAUAAUAAUCCUAGCAGUACUGGCUUUAGAGGCCCAGGUCUAUACCGUGGAAGCGUGUCUUUGAAACAUGCAGCAGAAGUGAACCUGAAGAUUGGCAGGAUCAACUUUAAUGCUUAUGUGGCGGCGAGCGAAGCCAUUGAAGUUGAACACGUCUAUGCAAAUUUUAAUCUCACUGAGUUGAGUUGCAUUGCUGGGUACAGUGCGGAUGCGUUCACUGAGCUGUGCGAGUUUACUUGCGCUUGGGGAUAUUGUCCUGUAGGCGCUUGUGUGUGUACAAACCUAGGCGUCAUCCAGACCGUACCUAACGCCACUGGCCAGGUUGGCUAUCCGGCGAAUGGCGACGCAAACUACGCCGGGCUCUGCACAUUUGCCUGUAACUUGGGAUUCUGUCCCUCCAAGUACUGUGCAGCUACUCUCCAAGCCUCAUAUAUCCCCACGGUCUCUCCGUUUACCCCGAACGCUUGCGUGGCAGGAAUGGGCGAGGGCAGCUUCGCAGGCUUGUGUAGCUACGCUUGUGCUUUUGGAUUCUGCCCUGAGAAUCAUUGUACAUGUACCAAAACUGGGGCGCUGGCUCCAUCUCCCGUCGUGGUCAAUACCACUGGUGUCUCCUUGAUUGGAGAUGACUCCGAUCUCUAUGCUGCCGAGAAUUUCCAGAAUGGAGAUUACUAUGCCCACUUUUUUGCCGAGAAAGUCCGCACUGCUGACUUUGCCGCGCACGCGAAGGCAGUUUACCAACGCGUGGCGACCGUCCUCGAUGGCACGGCUCCUUAUGGCCUCAAGCUCACCUGCAAUUUUGCACAUUCAGAGUGUGAUAGAAGUGUUGCUCAUACCAAGGACUCGGCGAGAAGCUUGAACUUCUGUGCUGGGUUCUUUGCGAACUCGAAUAAUCCAGAUAGUAACGGAAAUGUCAUCCUUGCCACCGAUGACCGUCUCCAGCACUGCCCUACCUUGAAUCUCCGGAAGGCCAACCGCAGCCGCGCUGCUACUAUUAUCCACGAACUCACCCAUACGUCUUUCGUUAUGAAUGGAGUGAAUGGGGGCGAAAAGUCAAAAGACUACGCAUAUGGAAUCCUUGGCUGCACUGAACUGGCCCAAGGCAGACUAGAUCGUUCAUGUACAGCUUGGUACCGGAGUAAGCCAAGUGUCAUCCUCUGUCCUAACACCGACGCGAAGGAGAGUGUAUGCGAUGCAGAUCGAAGUGCAUGGAAUGCCGAGUCAUGGCAAAGCGUCGCGAGCGGCGUCUACUUCAGUGCGCAGUGCCAACGCGCAAUUGAAAUUAGCAACGACGUCCCAGUAGUGAGAAGAGAUACAAACUGCCCCACAUACGAUGACUACUUCAUCUGGGACGAGGAUGAACAGCCGGUGAGCGUCAAGGGAUAUGUACACUUUGGGGAUUCCUUCGCGGCUGGCAUGGGCACGGGAUCGACCUCGUGGGUUGAGUGUCGUGUUGGCUCCAACAAUUACGGGAAACUUCUCUACAACUAUCUGAAUGAUUCCAGCAUACCUUUUGCGAAUUAUGCGUGCUCGGGAGACACCACGACCGGACUAGCUAACCAAGUCAAAAAGUGGAAAGACACCUCCUCAUUUAAUCUCGCCACAUUGACAUUGGGAGGAAAUGACGUGGGAUUCAGUGAUAUUAUCCGCAACUGCAUAACCUGGGAGUUACCCUGGGGCUAUACUGCGAUGUUCCAAGCCCGGUGUGAGGAGGUAAAGGACAAGGCUAGGUCCAUUCUAAGCGAUACGAGCUCAUCCGGAAUGAGAAACAAGCUCAAGGAAGCUUACCUCAGUAUUCUCAGCGCCUCCUUCAAUGAUGACUUCAUGCUCUAUGUCACAGGUUAUGUCGGUUUCUUCAAUUACGACACCACCAUCUGUGACCUCUCCACGUUCAACUACUGGUGGCCGUCAUAUAAGGCUCUUCUCCCAAUAUCGGAUGAUGUGGCCUUCCUCAAAACUGCCGUGCGAAAAGAAUUGGACGACCUAGUGGACCAGAUGAAUCAAGUGAUCCCGCAAGCAAUCAAAGAUGCAAACUCGGCAUAUGGCUCUACUGGCGUGACAUACGUCGAUAUGCAGCCCUCCUUCGACACGCAUCGGUUUUGUGAAGAAGGUGUCUAUGAACCCAGUCCUAAUCGGGGAGAGACGUUUUUCUUCCUCAGUGGGUGGGAUGAUUAUCCACACGAGCACGACGAGCUGGUCACUGUUGAGGCCGAGACUGCCGCCGUUGAAGCGGCCGAGGUGGUUCAGAUGAUGUCUUUGGGCAGCAUUCCCAUCCCCGACGCUGUGACCUGCAACACCACCCUGGGAACCGACCCCGAUCCUUAUGCUGUGGUGAUGUGUGACGCGUCCCUUUCUGUUUCCAUGGAUCCGAAUGGCGAGGUAGCUCAGCGUCUCGCACAGGCCAAUGCCGACAUUUCCAGUAGGAACUACAGCAGCACCGCUAUCAAAUGGUGGUUACCGACUCGCCAAAUCAAGACCUUCCAUCCACGCUCCGACGGGAUGUUUGCCUUCCGUGAUGCCGUCUGGACCGCAAUCGAAGCUAAUACCUAA